UGAAAUCCAGGGUCGAAGCUGUAGCUACCUCUACACAUCUUCCCAAGCUUGACGACCUACCUCUCUCUACUUACCAACAAUCCGGCCACAUCCCCAUCGCGAACCAUCAUGCUCGUCUCCCUGACCGUCGGCAAGGUCGACGCCGGCGUCACCGUCCUCCUAACUCCGGAUAAGCGACUAAUCGAGUUCCCCUCCAUCCUCCUGCCCCCCGACAUCUCCUCGGGCUCCAUUGUCGACGUCACCGUUGCCCGCAACGUUGCCUCAGAAGACGAAGCCGAACGCGCCUUCCGCGCCCUCCAAGACAAGAUCUUCAACGCCCUCGGUGCUGCCGAGCCCAAGGCUCCCAAUCUCCGCUGUCGCAAUGCCACCCAGACCAGCGUCGUCCUCGAGUGGGACCCCAUCGAUCUCGCAACCGCCGACCUGAUCAGCCUGGCCCUCUAUCGCAACGGCCAAAAGGCCGGCAACAUUCCCAAACCAACCGCCAUGCACUCGACCAAAAUUUCGGGCUUGGCUGUCGACACCGAGUACACAUUCCACCUGGUACUGCGCACAACGGCCGGCACCCUGGCCAGCGACAAGGUCGUGGUCCGCACACACAAGAUGACGGACCUCAGCGGCAUCACCAUCACCACGGGCAUCCUCCCUCCCGCACUCAGGGAGUCUCUGGCCCGCUCGGUGGACCGGAUUGGCGCCAAGCUGGUCGACACCGUUAGAAUCGAUACCACGCACUUUGUCACCACCGAGGGCCGGGGCGUGCAAUGGGAGAAGGCGAACGAGCUCAACAUCCCCGUGGUCAGGCCCGAGUGGGUGGAGGCGUGCGAGAGGAACGGCAGGAUCCUGGGUGUCACCAAGUUCUAUCUGGAUGCUGUCCGCGUUGGCAUGGGACCGUCGGCGGCGGAUAUGGGAGGAAGCCCACCAAUGCAGCAUAAUAGGAGUGUGUCUUCUGCGUUUUCACACAAGGAAUUGCCGCCGCAGCCAUCGCCGCCAGUCCCUCAGCAGCAGCAGCAACAACAACAACAACAACAGACGAGCCCGCCACCUACAAAUGGGGUACGCAGUCCUGAUGUGAACAAGCCUACACCACCACCGCCUGCUGAGCCCGAGCCCGAGCCGGCGCCUGAGCCGGUGUUGGUGCCAGAGCAGAAGCAAGAGGAGGAGUUACAGCCGGUAGCACUUGAGCCUAGUGUGGAGGCGACAACGACAGAGGUGCAGCAAGAGGACGAUACUGGAUCCGAGAAAGGAGGCGACCAGAGUGAUAUAGCGUCUGAACCAGAAGACAAGGCUAUACAAGACGACGAGCCAAAGGUGCUUGACCAUGCAAAGGAGGAGCAAGGUCUGCCAGUACGACUUGCUUCUCCAGUGGAAGAUGCCGAGGUGAGCAAAGAGGGCGAAGAUGAAGACGAGGACAAGAACGACAGUCUGAAUCCCAAGGGAGGGAAAUCAUCUGAUGGAGCGUCGUUUCAGGAUGUUGCCCUAUGACAGCUGAAGGGUUGAGACGAGGCUGAAACGAAGGAUAACGAGGACCACGGACAGAGGGUUAGAAAGACCCAUGUACGAUUAAUAUGCAGUCUAUGUGAGGGUUAUCACAGCUGGGGGGGUAAAGAAGCGCGAGUCUGGCUGGGCUAGUCUACUUCAUGGCGGAGGAUAGAACUUUGAUGAUGGAUCACGAUUGUUACAGUUAAUACACUUUACUUCAUCCUCA